AUGUCUAUUAAAUACGAUUUUACCGGUAAAGUAGUACUGAUAACCGGUUCGAGUUCGGGUAUCGGUGCCGUUACUGCUGUCCAGUUUGCCAAAUCGGGUGCCAUGGUUGUGGUCACUGGUAGACGAUCGGAUAAAUUAGCCGAAGUGGCCAAACAAUGUACAAGUGUUUCGCCGAAAAAAUUGAAACCACUUGAAGUGGUAGCCGAUGUUACUAAAGAUCAGGAUAUUAAACGUUUAGUGGAGACAACUGUCCAACAUUUUGGUCGACUGGACAUAUUGGUCAACAAUGCCGGCGCCGGUACUAAUGCACCGCUUAGUGAUCCAGAGUUUUAUGAUAAAUAUCAGAAAACAUUUCAAUUGAAUUUGAAUUCAAUGGUAUUACUGACACAUCUAUCUAUCGAUCAUUUGGCCAAAACUCGGGGAAACAUUGUUAACAUAUCAAGUAUUUUCGGACUCAGAGCCUUUUCAAACUAUGCCCCCUAUUGUAUGGCUAAAUGUUCAAUAGAUAUGUUUACCAAAUGUUGUGCCGCGGAAUUGGGACGAAAACAUAUUAGGGUUAACUCUAUCAAUCCAGGACCUAUUAAAACUGAAUUUCUAACUGCUAUGGGUCUACCCAUUGAACAAUCCGAUGCCUUGUUUGACGGUUUUGGUUCACAAACACCGGUAGGCAGGGCUGGACUACCCGAUGAAGUUGGCGAUGCUAUACUAUAUCUGUCAAGUGAUCAUUCAAAAUUUAUAACCGGUUCCCAAUUGAUUAUCGAUGGCGGCUCAGUGGCCGGCAAUACUAUGGUCAACGAAUUGGAUAAAUUGGUGCAAUAAAUAAAAAAUAAUAAUAGUU